AUGCAAUCUAAUUUAAAAACUAAGGAAAUGUUUAUUCUGAGAGCUCUCGAAAAAAUUUUAAAUGAUAAAGAAAUUAAAAGGUCCUCUCACUCUCAGCUGAAGAGGGCUUGUGAGGCUGCACUUGAACAACUGAAGAGAGAAACGACAGAAAAUCCAGACCAAGAAAAUGUAUCCGAUGCCCUGCCCCAGCCGAAAAGCGGCAGUUCCAAUACCAUUACCACGGAAAAGUAUUUUCUGCCCUUCGAAUUGGCCUGCCAGAGCAAAUCGGCCAGGAUAGUAGUAACGGCUUUGGAUUGCCUGCAAAAAUUAAUCGCCUACGGCCAUCUAACUGCGAGCGUACCCGACUCAACGACACCCGGAAAACUCCUUAUAGACCGCAUCGUCGAAACCAUUUGCAGUUGCUUUACGGGACCCCAAACAGACGAUGGCGUUCAACUGCAAAUUAUCAAGGCCUUGUUAACCGUCGUCACCAGCCAAUAUGUGGAAGUCCACGAAGGUACCGUUCUCAUGGCAGUUCGGACGUGCUACAACAUUUUCCUGGCCAGUAAAAAUCUCAUCAAUCAAACGACCGCCAGGGCCACCUUGACGCAGAUGCUCAACGUCAUUUUCACCAGAAUGGAAAACCAAGCGUUGGAAGCCGAGGUGCAGGAGAGCUUGCAAAAUAGCCAAAAUUUGAAUAAUUCCGCUGUAUCGAACGAGUCUAGAUCAUGUAACGAAGGUGACGUAAAGAGCGUGAAAUCUUUGAACGUUGAAGACGAGGCUAAACCGGAGGUAAUACAAAUAGGAAGUGAAACUGUAGCAGUUGAAAUAUUAGAAAAUAUCAUAGAUGGUGUAAUGUCUGAAGUUACCUUGCAUAAACCCGUCGAAGUAUUGAAUUCACCGGAGAAUGAAACGCACAGCGUUACCUCAUCGAUAACAAGGAUUCCCUCGCAGGAGAGCAUGGACACUCAGAGCGAAAACGACUCGGCGGUGACGGCCAAAUUCACGCACAUCCUGCAAAAAGACGCCUUCCUGGUGUUCCGAGCUCUCUGCAAGCUAUCCAUGAAACCCCUUCCGGAAGGCACGCCCGAUCCCAAGUCGCACGAGCUCCGUUCGAAGAUCCUCUCCCUCCAACUACUCCUCUCCAUACUCCAAAACGCCGGGCCCGUAUUUCGAUCGAACGAGAUGUUCGUCACCGCCAUCAAACAGUACCUCUGCGUGGCCUUAUCCAAAAACGGAGUCAGCUCCAUACCCAAAGUUUUCGAACUGUCUUUGGCCAUCUUCUUGGCAUUGUUAUCCAACUUCAAACUCCACUUAAAGAUGCAAAUCGAAGUGUUUUUCAAGGAGAUUUUCCUCAACAUUUUAGAAACCACGAACUCCUCAUUCGAACAUAAGUGGAUGGUGAUUCAAGCUCUAACCCGCAUCUGCGGCGACGCCCAAAGCGUGGUGGACAUCUACGUGAACUACGAUUGCGAUUUGGCGGCGGCCAAUCUCUUCGAACGGCUCGUCAACGAUCUGUUCAAGGUGGCCCAAGGCAGGCAUUCGCUCGAAUUGGGCGCCUCGCCCAACCAGGAGCGCGCCAUGAAAUUGCGCGGCCUCGAAUGCCUGGUGUCGAUAUUGAAGUGCAUGGUGGAAUGGAGCAAGGAUCUCUACGUGAAUCCCAAUCUGCAAUCGACCGUCGGCGAGCGGGAGCAUCGCGAGAACGAUAACGUGUCGGUUAAAUCGCUGGGCGAUAGUUCGAACAGUUUGCAUUCGAGCGAAAGCGACGGGAAUAAGGAGAUUUUAGAUUCGCCCGAGCAGUUGGAGGUGCUCAAGCAACAAAAGGAGCAUGUCAAACUAAUGAAACCAAAUUCAGCAUGCUUACCUAAUUAUAUCGGCACGGUGUGGGAAACGGGCAUCGACAUAUUCAACAGGAAGCCGCGCAAAGGCGUCACCUACUUGCAGGAGCAGGGCCUGUUGGGGCCCAAUCACGAGGACGUGGCGAAAUUCUUGCACGGCGACGAGCGCUUGGACAAGACGUUCAUCGGCGAAUUCUUGGGCGACAACGACGAUCUGAGCAAGCAGGUGAUGUACAGCUACGUGGACCAGAUGAACUUCACGAAUUUGGACUUCGUCGCGGCGUUGAGGACCUUCCUGGACGGGUUCCGGUUGCCCGGCGAGGCGCAGAAGAUCGACCGGUUGAUGGAGAAGUUCGCCAGUCGUUACUGCGAAUGCAAUCCGAAUAAUGGAUUGUUCGCUACGGCCGAUACCGCCUACGUGCUCGGGUUUUCGAUCAUCAUGCUGACGACCGAUCUGCAUUCGCCGCAGGUCAAAAACAAAAUGACCAAAGAGCAAUACAUCAAACUGAACAGGGGCAAUACGGAGAGCAAGGACGUGCCGGAGGAGUAUUUGUCGCAGAUAUACGACGAGAUAGCCGGGCACGAGAUCAAAAUGAAGAAUCCCGUGAACAAGCCGGGCAAGCAGCAGAUCAACAGCGAGAAGCGGCGGAAGAUUUUGUUCAACAUGGAAAUGGAGGCGAUAUCGAGCGCCGCUAAGAAUCUGAUGGAAUCGGUGUCGCACGUGCAAGCCCCUUUCACCACGGCCAAGCAUUUGGAGCACGUCAGGCCGAUGUUUAAGAUGGCUUGGACGUCGUUUUUGGCCGCUUUCAGCGUCGGUUUGCAGGAUUGCGACGAUCCCGAAGUGGCCGCCUUGUGCUUGGACGGUAUUCGAUGUGCCAUACGAAUUGUUUGUAUAUUCCACAUGCCGAUGGAGAGGGACGCUUACGUGCAAGCUUUGGCCAGAUUUACUCUUUUAACGGCUAAUUCUCCUAUAAUGGACAUGAAAGCUAAAAAUAUCGAUACUAUUAAAACGUUGAUAAUGGUGGCGCAUACCGAUGGAAACUACUUAGGCACGAGUUGGUUGGAUAUAUUAAAGUGCAUAUCGCAAUUGGAAUUAGCUCAAUUAAUAGGAACCGGCGUGAGGCCGGAGUUUUUGUCCGGUCCCGGUCACAAACCUCCGGAUCCCAGUUCGAAGGAGCACAUAGGGCAAACUAGUUCUCAAAGCGUUGUGGUAGCCGUGGAUAGAAUAUUCACAGGUUCGACGAGAUUAGACGGAGACGCCAUCGUGGAUUUCGUGAAGGCUUUGUGUAAAGUAUCGUUGGAGGAGCUGGCGCACGCCGGUCACCCGAGGAUGUUUUCCCUGCAAAAAAUCGUGGAGAUUUCCUAUUACAACAUGGGCAGGAUCAGAUUGCAAUGGUCUAGGAUUUGGCAGGUAUUGGGGGAACAUUUCAAUUUGGUGGGAUGCAGUUCGAACGAGGAGAUUUGCUUCUUCGCCGUGGACAGUUUAAGACAACUUUCGAUGAAGUUUAUCGAAAAGGGGGAAUUUUCCAAUUUCAGAUUCCAGAAAGAUUUCCUCCGUCCGUUCGAAUACAUAAUGAAAAACAACGUAUCUCCAACGAUCAGAGAUAUGGUGGUGCGUUGCGUCGCGCAAAUGGUCAAUUCCCAAGCUAAAAACAUCAGAUCUGGUUGGAAAAAUAUAUUUUCCGUCUUCCACCUGGCCGCCGGCGAUCAAGAAGAGGGCAUCGUGGAACUGGCGUUUCAAACCACCGGUAAAAUCAUUAUGGAAUUGUACGAGAAGCAAUUCCCCACCAUGAUCGAUUCGUUUCAAGACGCCGUGAAAUGUUUGUCGGAAUUCGCUUGUAACGCCAGGUUUCCGGACACCAGCAUGGAGGCCAUUAGGUUGGUGAGAGCCUGCGCUUGUAGCGUGAGCACCGCGCCACAUCUUUUCGCAGAACACGGGGGGUUGGAAAACGAUAUGACUGUGUCGGAGGAAGAUAGAGUAUGGGUGAGGGGUUGGUUCCCGUUGCUCUUUUCGUUGUCGUGCGUCGUUAAUAGGUGUAAAUUAGACGUUAGAACGCGUGCCCUUACCGUGCUUUUCGAAGUUAUCAAAACGUACGGGGAUUCCUUCAGUCCGCAUUGGUGGAAGGAUCUUUUCAAAGUGCUGUUUAGGAUAUUUGAUAACAUGAAACUGCCGGAAAAACAACCCGAAAAAGACGAAUGGAUGACGACGACGUGCAAUCACGCUUUGUACGCUAUCGUUGACGUUUUUACGCAAUAUUUCGAUGUGUUAGGACCUCUUUUAUUAGAAGAAUUAUAUUCUCAACUCCAUUGGUGCGUACAGCAGAACAACGAACAAUUGGCCAGAUCCGGAACGAAUUGUUUGGAAAACUUGGUGAAUUCUAACGGGAGUAAAUUCAAUAACGAAACUUGGGACAAAACCUGUCAGUGUAUUUUAGAUAUUUUCAAAUCGACCGUACCGUCGGCCCUGCUCAGUUGGAGGCCAGAAUCUAUGAAAACAACGGCUGUGAUCGAACAAAACGGUGACGUCGGACCCAACAAAGGGAUCUUGAAACGGACGAGUUACCAACAAGACAUCAGCGUGGACAACGCGGAAGUGUUUAAUAGUCUCGCUAUUAAGAGCGCCGUACAGCUAGAACUCAUCCAAACCAUUGAUAAUAUCGUGUUUUAUCCGGCGACGUCGAGGAAAGAAGACGCCGAAACUUUGGCUUUCGCCGCCGCCGAUAUGACCGGUGAUUUUUCACUGACCGAAUGCCAAAGGGAAGAGCAAGGCAUGUACAGGUUGCUGAGUUCGCCGCAUCUUUUGCAAUUGACCGAGUGCCUUUUGAAAUCUCAUAGGUUCGCGAAAGCUUUUAAUCUCAAUCACGAGCAACGUAAUCUGCUGUGGAAAGCCGGUUACAAGGGUCAAUCGAAGCCUAAUCUGUUGAAGCAGGAGACUCAAAGUCUCGCCUGUCUCUUGAGAAUAUUGUUUAAAAUGUAUUAUGACGAAAGCAGACGUCAACAUUGGUCUGUGGUGGAAAGUACUUUGAUAACGGUGUGUCAGGAAGGAUUAGAGUACUUUUUGAGGUUGCAAAGCGAGGGACAUAGAGAAGCUUGGACUUCGUUGUUGUUGCUAGUAAUGACUCGAUUGUUGAAAAUGGAUGAUAAUAGAUUCUCCGUACACAUUGCUAGAUAUUAUCCCUUACUGUGUGAAGUAGUUUGCUUUGAUUUGAAGCCGGAGUUGAGGUCCAUAUUGAGGCGAGUCUUCCUGAGAAUAGGUCCCGUCUUUCACAUUACUAAUGCAAGUAUUUAG